AGGAUAAAGUAAGAAGUACUAAACUUCCUUUUUGUACUUUAGAAACUAUAGACCGGGAAGUUAAUCCAAUGCCAUUUUAACAAACAAAAUCAUAAAACUAAACUAAAGAAACGAUGGCUUGUGUCAAGAGAUUUUCAAAGAUAAAUGCAAUCAGCAUGGGAUUCUCUUGGGUGCUACAGUUUGUAGGCUUUGUGACUCCUUGGUGGUUCAGGCAAAGUUAUACGUUCGUAGAUGUUAAUUCGGGGGUGUGGUAUUCUACGACAUGUUACAAUAUAUUAAUGAAAACAUGUGAAAUGAAACAACAUCUGGAUAGUAAAGAUUACAUGAAAGGUUUUCAUCCGAAAAGACCUUUACAAGUACAGUUGACCAUCGCACUGACGGCUUGCGUGUUUGUUGUCGUUCUCAGUUUGAAGACAAGGAAAUGUACUGGUACAACACUGAUGAAACGUCUUGCUGUAAAUGCAUACAUGUCUGUAGUAUCAGGUGUUUUGUGCCUUUCCCCAUUGUCAUCUGUUGUAGCGAAUCAAUUCUUUUGGACAGGAAAUGUUCAGUAUUUGUUCCUAUACUCAGCAGUUCUAACUUGUCUUGGUGGAAUACUCGCUUUGAUCGUAUCGUUUAUCUCUCUACAUCAGAUACGCUUGGUGCAGACGACAAAUGAGCCAGUACUGCAGUUGUCAACUCCCGAGAAUCAAGACGACUAUAACAGCACAUCAUCGUUGUCUGAUGACGCGAAAGUGUGUUGAUGUUUAAUAGAUACUUUGGCUUCUGUUUGUUAAAAAGAACAUGCAAAAAGCGAACGAUUUGAUAGAGAGGUUCAUAUUAUAUAAACAAAUAAUCUAUCGGUAUUCUAAUAAGACCAGACCCUUUUUUAUUUUUUGCAUUGUGAAUGCAAAAUGUCAUCAAACCUAUUUUGAACAAUAAGUUAUAUGUUUGUUAUUCAAACCCUAAACAUUCUAGAAAUGUUGAAGAAGCAGUACCUCACGUUUAGUAGCUAAACCUUCGUCUAUCAGAAUGACAAUUUUAUAGUGAAAAGUUUUGACCACUGGUCAUUUCUUUAUUUGUAAAUCCGGAACUUGAACGUUUGACAAACGUGAUAUUUAAUGACGAAGUUAUACGUGACUAAAAGUCUGAGAUACAACAUCCUGUAUUAGUAAUAUACAAAUAAACAAACAUCUCGA